AUGUCGACUCUUUUGAAAUCAGCUCAAGCUUUGAAACCUUUGUUUGACAGAGUCUUGGUACAAAGAUUGAAACCAUCCAACAAAACUGCUAGUGGUCUUUACAUCCCAGAGAAGAACCAAGAGAAGUUGAAUCAAGGUGUCGUUAUUUCUGUUGGACCUGGUAUUACCAAUACUACUACUGGACAAAACAUUCCAGUUUCAGUUAAAGCUGGUGACCAAGUCUUAUUGCCUUCAUUUGGUGGAAACCCAGUCAAGGUCGGUGAAGAGGAAUACUUGUUAUAUACUGACAAGGAAAUCUUGGCCAGAAUUGAAAAGGACAAUUAG